CGUCUGUGUGGAGCUCGCAGGGUGCUGGCUGAGCCUCGUCAAAAUUUCAUCCUCCUUUCCUAACCUCAAUUCAAGCUCUGCUUUCUUGUUUUCUUAAGUCUCCUACGAUCGCAUAUACAUACAACACAAUGGCCGAGGAACAAAUGCCAGUCUACUACGAGGACCUUGCUCUCCUCGAGACCCAAUUCGACGAGGUUGAUCGCGAAAUCCUGGCCAAGCAGUAUGUCCGCAGCGCCCCUCUCUAUGCGAAGCGUCAAGAUAUUGUAUCCAAGAUCGAGAACUUCUGGCCACUCGUCUUUGAGCAAUCCCCUCCCGAUGUCGACCGCUACAUUACCCCCAACGAUGCCAACAUCUUUGCUAAACUCAAGAGUCUGGAAGUGAAGCGCUUUGAGGUCCCGAUGGGUCCCGAGAAGAUUGAGGCCGAGACCGGUGAUCCGCGAAGCAUCGCUAUCCGCUUCGAGUUCGACAGCAACGACUACUUCACCGACUCUGUCCUCGAGAAGAAAUUCUGGUACAGAAGAUCCAACGAUGGCUGGUCUGGCUUGGUCUCCGAGCCUGUCAAGAUCGACUGGAAGGAGGGUAAGGAUCCCACCGAGGGUCUCACUGAUGCCGCCUUUGCUGUCUUCGAAGCUCGCAAAAAGGCCGGCAACAUGAAGCUCAAAGACUUCGCUGCACACAAGAAGCUCGUCGACAUGAUUGAGCAGUGGAACGCCGACAACACUUCCUUUUUCACUUGGUUCGGCUUCGUCUCUGCUACUCGCUACGUUUCUGCCGAAGAGUCGGCGCAAGCCAACAAGGAGUACAAGGAGCGUCAGGACAAGAGGGCCCAGGGCGAGAGAAUAGAGAGCCCCGAGCCUGAAGAAGAUGAGGAUGACCUCGACAUCUCCGGUGACGACGAGGUUCAUCCAGAGGGCGAUGAGCUCGCUCAGCUCAUUGCCGAGGACGUUUGGCCUAAUGCCAUCAAAUACUUCACCCAAGCCCAGGAGAUGGAAGACAUGUCCGAGAUGGACUUCGAAGAUAUGUCAGAUGAAGGUGACGAUGAUGAGCCAAUUGACCUGAGAGCGCUUGUUGGAAACGGUAAGGCCAAGUCCAAGCCUUCCAACGAGGAGCCACCCAAGAAGAAGCAGAAGAAAUGAGUGCCUCGGUGCGUCGAGACUCCUAGAGCCGUACGCGGUGGGCCGCCUAUCUUACACGAUUGACGAGAGAAUUCGUGUCGACACUUUCCCUCCAUACCCGGCCUUGGGCUCUAGGAAAGUACUGCAACGGACAGUCAGCCUUGAGUAUAGGUAUAACACAUGACGGAACUUGAUAUGUGCUAAGUCCAACACAACACUGCUCGGUCCGAUCAGGGCGUUUAUUUGCACUAUGUUUGAAUUACUUUAAUGCUCGAGUUCGAAGGAGGCCACCGAGAUACCCAGAAUGGUGAUGCCAAAUUACAAAGUUAUGCUGCAAAUUCCAAGUCUAGUUUCUUCUUCUUAUUCCUCCACGGCUUCCUCACUCUCUUCCUCUGGCGCACAACUCUUUCGAAUAUCAGGCUACAGUCGUGGCACCGGUCAUCUGUCAAGAUUGCGAUGUUGACAAUACAUAGGCCUCAAAUAAGAUGAAUUAUUCUGCCCACUUCGGAGCCAC